CAUCAAGUCCAUACAACUGCAUUCUACCCCUAUCUCGCAAAACCACCAAAACAAUCAAGCUAAACCAAAACGCAGCCUAACCAACCAUGUGCGGUAUCCUAGGUUGUCACCGAGCCAACGGCGACCCCGCCUCGAUCCGAGCCAAAUGCGUGAAAAUGUCCAAGGAGCAGCGUUGUCGAGGACCCGAUUGGUCGGGUGUCUGGGUCGGAAAGGAUUCCGUCCUCUGUCACGAACGUCUCGCCAUCGUCGGUGUCGACUCGGGAGCUCAGCCCUUGGUCUAUGCCGAUGGAAAGAAGAACCUCACUUGUGCCGUCAACGGAGAGAUCUACAACUGGAAGGACCUCAUCAAGGGAUUGAAGAACAGGGACGUCCCUCUCGUUACCGGAAGUGAUUGCGAGGUCAUCAUGCACCUGUACAAGGAGCACGGAACCGGCCUUUGUAACAUGCUCGACGGCAUGUUCUCCUUCAUCCUCCUCGACGACAGCGUCUCCCCCUCGCGCAUGGUCGUCGCCCGUGACCCUAUCGGAAUCACCACCCUCUACACCGGUCACAACUCGGCCAACCCUUCCACCCGGUGGUUCGCCUCCGAGUUGAAGUCGCUGCAGGAGGAAUGCGACGUCAUCCAGGCCUUCCCCCCUGGACACGUGUACGACUCUAACACGGGCGAGACGACGAGGUACUUCGACCCCGACUGGUGGAACGGCGAUUCCGGCAACCCCGAGGAUAUCCCUCACGGAGAGGCCGACCUCAAGGCGUUGAGAGAGUCGUUGGAGAUGGCUGUCAGGAAGCGACUCAUGUCCGAGGUGCCGUUUGGUGUCUUGCUUUCCGGUGGACUCGACUCGAGUCUGGUCGCUGCGAUCGCUUCGAGGGAGAUGAACAAGAUCGCCAAGGAACAACAGGCCGCCAUGGAGGAGGUCCAGCGAAAGAUGCAAGCCGGGGCCAGCGGAGCUCAGACUCCCGUCGGUGCGACCGACCCCUCGGCCAUGGGCUUGGAUACUACCCCGAUCAGUUGGUCUGGCGGGGCUCUGCACUCGUAUGCCAUCGGACUCGAGGGGUCACCCGACUUGUUGGCUGCGCGAAAGGCUGCCAACUUUUUGGGAACGAGGCAUUCGGAAUACGUCUUCACGACGCACGAGGCCUUGGACGCUCUGCCCGAAUGUAUUCACGCGUUGGAGACCUUUGAUGUGACCACCAUCCGAGCUUCGUUGCCCAUGUACUUGAUGAGCCGAAAGAUCAAGGCCGGAGGUGUCAAGAUGGUCCUCUCCGGUGAAGGAUCCGACGAGAUCUUUGGAGGAUACCUCUACUUCCACGCUGCCCCUACCCCGGAGAUCUUCCACCAGGAAUGUGUCAAGCGGGUCAAGAACCUGCACGUCAGCGACUGUCUUCGUGCUAACAAGUCGACCAUGGCUUUCGGUGUGGAAGCCCGUGUGCCUUUCUUGGACAAGGAGUUCUUGAGGAUCUCGAUGGGUAUCGACGCCAAGCACAAGCUUCACAAGAAGGGAGAGACUGACUCGGAUGGCAAGCCUUACAUGGAGAAGUACAUCAUCCGAAAAGCCUUCGACUGCUCACCGGACGGCAAGAAGUACCUUCCCGACUCGAUCCUCUGGCGUCAAAAGGAACAGUUCAGCGAUGGUGUCGGAUACGACCACAUCAACAGCUUGAAGGACGCCGCCGAGAGGUCGGUCAGCGACGAGGCAUUUGCGAAGCGAUCGGAGAGGUGGCCUGAGGACAAGGGGUGCACGACCAAGGAGGCGUACUAUUACCGCGACAUCUUUGAGUCCAUCUUCCCUGGCAAGGGUCCCGCUAGCACCGCCAUCAGGUGGAUCCCGAGGACCGACUGGAAGGGUGUCUCGAGCGACCCCAGUGGAAGGGCCCAAUCCGUCCAUGUUGCCGCAUACGCUACUCCUUCGGCCUAGAUGGCUCUGAGAGAGGCGACUCUCGUGCAUACCAAAUACAAAAACGGCUAGUGACAAGGACAUCUCAUUUUGUACAUGCGGAAAGACCAUCGAUGAUGCAGCAUAAUAUGGUUUUCGCCUGCCCUCGUGUUUCGAUGCAAG